AUGAUCACUAGAAUGUCCAACCCAGACUUCACAACCUACUUCAACACCACCCUCUUCUCCGACGCCACCCUCUCUUAUCUCACCAUCACCGGCUUCCGCCAUGAACUCCCUGUCCACCGGCUAAUCCUCUCCCUUCAUUCCCCCUUCUUCGCUUCAGCUUUUACUCUUCCCUUUCGCGAGUCAUCGUCCGACCCCGACCAUCUCAACCAAAAACCUACAAUCCACCUCCACGGCGACGACCCCGACGCUUUACUCUCCGUAAUCCGGUGGUGCUACGGCCAUACCCUCUACCAAUUAGACGGCGACGACGACCUCGAAACACAAUUAGCAUACAAAGACUUGAUAACCCUGAGUUUCACAGCCGAAGAAGAACAGGCGAUAGCGGGGUUGCUGCUGCAUCUAAUGAAAGUAUACGUGAUGGCAGAUAAAUACGACAUUCCCGCUUUGCGAGAAGAGGUGCUGGUUCACUACGACCGGCUGGCGCCUCUUCUUGUGUUACAUAAACUACCCCUGGAAAUGUUUGAGGGGAUGGUGGAUGUUAUUUACGGGACUGGGUUGGGGAAGGGGGAUAAACUGAGAAAGAAAUUUAUGGGCGAUUUGGCGGGGGAGGUAUGUCCCGCUGAUGGAGAGAAGGAGGGGAAGGAGAGGAUGAAGAAGGUGUUGAGGAUGGGAAAUGAUUGGGAAAUGGAAGAGGUGGAGAAGAUUGUGAGAGGUUGUGUGUUUAAGGUUAGGAGUGUGGGGAUGGGGAGGGAGUGGAAGAGGGAGUUCAUGAGGGAUGUGAAGAGGAAGGUUAGGAGGGUUGUUAAGAGGUGGAGGGGUGGUAAGGGGUCAGCGGGGUCAUCUUGGUAA